GCUGCGCAUGCGCAGAAGCUGUUCUGCGCGUUUGGCAGCGCAGUGGCGACAGAAGUCUCUGGAAUAAACUCUCGUUUGUGGUUUUAUUAAAGUCUGGAGUUCUCGGGGUUUUCCUCCGUUUAUUUCUAAUCUAUACCAGGCGAGCUACGAGCACAAGUGGUGCGCAUUAUCACACGGAGAACUGACAUAAAAAAAUAAAUAAAGCGACUUUAUCAUCAUUACUGCGGGAAUAAACAGAAGGAGGUCAGAGACAGGAGAGCCGCACGCGCUGAGCAGCAGAUCUACUCCGAGUUAAACCUCGAGCAGGAGCUCCGUGAUGGAGUACUACCAGACUUUAGGCAUAUGCAAAGACGCCUCUCCGGAUGACAUAAAGAAAGCGUACAGAAAAUUGGCCUUAAAAUGGCAUCCAGAUAAAAAUCCAGACAACAAAGAAGAGGCUGAGAGGAGAUUUAAGGAGAUCUCUGAAGCUUAUGAAGUCCUAUCGGAUGAAAACAAACGUGGUUUGUACGACAGAUACGGCAAAGAUGCUCUGUCUGGAGGUGGAAGAAGAGGAGGACAUUAUGACGACCAUUUCGGUGGCGUGUUCACAUUCCGUAACCCUGAAGAUGUUUUCAGGGAAUUCUUUGGCGGCAGGGAUCCUUUUGCAGAUUUAUUCGGAGACGACCCGUUCGACCCGUUUGACGAUUUCUUCGGGUUUAGUGGCGGCCGGCGGCAGAGGGGUGUGAGGAGUCGAACCGGUGGCUCCUUCUUCCCCGCGUUUGGGGGGUUCCCUCCUUUCGGGAGCGGCUUCUCAGGCUUCGACUCAGGUUUCGCAUCGCUCGGGGGCCCGAUGGGUGGAGGAAACUUCACCUCUUUCUCCUCGACAUCCUUUGGAGGUGGUGGUGGUGGUGGAGGAGGAGGAGGCGGCGGGAUGGGAAACUUCCGCUCGGUCUCCACCUCCACCAAAUUCAUCAACGGUAGAAGGAUCACCACCAAACGCAUCGUGGAGAACGGUCAGGAGCGGGUGGAGGUCGAGGAAGAUGGCCAGCUGAAGUCUCUCACUGUCAAUGAUGUCAGCACUCCGAGCGCCCUGCCUGGCCCCGCCUCUCACUCCCGUUACCUUAGAAACGCCACAGAUGAGGAUGAUGGGGAAAGAGUAAACGCCAGAGGAUGUUUUGAAAACAGAAGAAAGAAACACUGGCGAGCAGACACGGACAACAAGAAGAAGAUAAAUCCACGUCUGGCACCAAGGAUCGGCUCCUGGUUCUGAACUUUCACUUUUUUUUUUUGGAAAAAAAGAGAGAUAAUAAAAACACAGAAGAGCUGUGUAUUAUACUAUAUUAUAGUUCUUCUUUUGAAAUCAAAAUGCCUUCACAUGACCGAGUUUUCUUCUGAUACUGUCACCACUGGGGACUUUCUAAGGGCAUUGAUAAAGAGUUUUAGUCACCCAGAUACUGUGAUAUUAUCACUGGAAAUGGAGAUUUUAUUUUUUUGAUUAAUUUUUUUAAGUGAAGUGAGAAUCUGUAAACUAGCCACGUUAUUCAGUCUUUAUUCAGUGCAACGAUUCAUGAUCACGAGACUGAGAUCAUUAUUUAUUAAAGGUUGUGUGUAUAGAGAUGGGUGAUAUGACAGAAAUAUCAUAAUCACGAUACAUCAUCACUUCUAUGAGACUCAAUAUGUAUGAUGACAUACAGGUUUGCUAAAAAACAAGAGGCAGUGAAACAAUAGUGUUGGAUUUAAUACAGGAAGUACUAAAUUAAAUGAUUUAACCCUGGAAAAAAAAGAAAUCGCAAUUGACCACUAAAUCAGCUACUUCCAAUCAGAGCUUGUUAUGAAAUAUCAUGAGAAAAUAAAUAUUACAAAAAUAUAUAUUGCAAAAAAAAAGUACAUAAUUCUGACAUAACUGAUCACAGUGUUGAUAUUUUACUGUCAUAUUGCUCAGCACUC